AUGGAGCUCCACAGCGCUCUCACUGUUGCUGCGAUCACACUUCUCUACGCUGCAGGUUCCCUCUGCCAGCUCGAAGUGUGUGGUCGAGCCCCCCCCAGGGACAGGGGUGUUGGAGGGGAGAAUGCGUCAGAAGGUGAUUGGCCGUGGCAGGUCAGCAUUCAUUUGACCGGCGUGGGUCAUAUCUGUGGCGGGACUCUCAUCACGAGAGACUGGGUGUUAUCUGCAGCGCACUGCUUCCUCCAGAGUUAUAAUGAGUCUGACAUUGAGAUGUACUUCGGUCGUCUGAGCCAAUCCGACUCAAACCCUCACGAGACGAACAGGACAGCGAGUCGAGUCAUCAGUCAUCCUGACUACAACGAUUCCACUUAUGACAACGACAUAGCACUGAUCGAGCUGUCCUUCUCCGUGGACUUCUCUGAGCACAUCAGGCCAGUGUGUCUGGCGGCAGCUGGUAGUGUGUUUACUGCGGGGACAGAGAGCUGGGUCACUGGAUGGGGACCACUACAAUCUGAAGACACCCAGGGCUCUGAUAUCCUGCAGGAGCUGAUGAUACCAAUCGUGAGCAACAGUGACUGUGAUGAUGCUUAUGGAGGGAGCAUCACAAGCAAUAUGAUUUGUGCUGGAUUCUUAAAUCAGGGAGGGAAAAGUAUAUGUCUGGAAGACUCUGGAGGUCCAGUGGUCAGCAGGAACGAUCCUCUGUGGAUUCAGUCUGGCAUUUCAAGUUUUACUGGAGAAAAAUGUAACGAUCCCAAAUUUCCCAGUGUAUUUGCCAGAGUUUCUCAGUAUGAGGACUGGAUCAAGUCUUACAUGGGCAGCAACCCACCUGGAUUUUAUGCAUUGUGUAUGGCGCUUAACUGGGAGCUUGACUUCACUCAGCAUGAUAUGUCCCAUGGUGGGUGA